AAACGAGCGAAAUCUUAUAUAUUGUGUGUAAGCUGAGUUUGUUCAGUAGCAAGACCAAUUUUCACCACCAUGAAACUGAUACUCUUGAUAGUAAGCAUUGUAUUGCUGUGCUCAUUCGGAUUAAAAGCUCAUUUUGCCAAGUCCUCGAAGUUUACCAGGAACGAAGACAAUACUUUGGAAGAUUCUUUUGCAACAACCGACGAGAAUCUUCCAUGGAGAAACUUUCGUCUUCCCUCCUCAGUUUUGCCGUCAGAAUAUCAUAUAUUUAUGCACCCAAACCUGACGGAAGGAACGUUUUCUGGUAAAGUUUCUAUAAAAUGCAGGGUUGUGAAGGCCACUUAUUUCUUUGUGUUGCAUUCUAAAAACUUGGAGAUUUCUGAUGUGACUUUAAGAUCUGUAACUGAUUCAAAAAAUCUAAAUGUAACAAGACAUCUGGAAUUCAAAGAAAAUGAUCAGUUCUAUGUAGAAGUAGACAAUGUUAUACCAAACGAUACCGUUAUUGUUAUCAACAUGAAGUUUGAGGGGGAAUUCGCAUCAACAUGCAAAGGAUUUUAUCUGAGCUCAUAUUUUGAUGACAACAAAAACUCAACAAGGUUAUUAGCAUCUACUCAGUUUGAACUAAUGCAUGCCAGAGAAGCAUUCCCCUGUUUUGAUGAACCAGAAUUGAAAGCGAAAUUUUCUAUGUCUAUUGUAAGGGAAAAAGACUACUUUUCGCUUUUCAACAUGCCUCUUAGAUCCUCAACAGCAUAUGGUGCAAACUUGGUGCUGGAUGAAUUCCACCAAAGCGUCACAAUGAGCUCAUAUCUCGUUGCUUUUGUGGUGUGUGAUUUUUCUUCCAUAACAGAUAACACAAAAGAUGGCACAAAAGUCACAGUGUAUGCCUCUCCUGACCGAAUAGACGAGGCCCAGUAUGCUCUUCAUGAAAUAGUCGCUUUAUUGGACUACUUCAACAGACUAUUCGACAUCUCCUACCCACUGCCAAAACUAGACUACAUUGGCAUUCCAUACUUUUGUUAUGCCGCCAUGGAGAAUUGGGGACUGAUUACUUCAGCGACAGAAGCCGUACUGGUUGGUUCAAAUACAAGUAUCUGGCAAAAGAACUGGGUUUCCAGUGUGAUCUCUCAUGAGCUUGCCCAUCAGUGGUUUGGUAACCUUGUAACUAUGAAAUGGUGGAAUGAUCUAUGGCUUAAUGAAGGAUUAGCUACAUUUAUGUCAUUCCUUGGAAGAAAAGCACUAGAUGAAUCUUUUGAGAUGGCCAUCAAGAUUUAUGAAAACGUUAUAUCCUUUGCAAUGAAUUGUGACCAAAGAAGAUCUUCAUUAGUAGUCUCUCCUGUGAACAAUAAAAUGGAUGCUUCGUCCAUCAGUUUAUGUCAGAUUUACAUGAAGGGAGCUUCUAUCAUACAAAUGAUUAGAGAAUUUAUUGGAAAGCCAAAUUUUGACACAGGGAUAAAAAAUUACCUGAAGAAAAAUAACUACAGUAAUGUAGUUACUGAUGAUUUAUGGCAAUGUAUUUCAGAGGUUCAAGCUUCAAAGGAGAGAAUAGAUCUGAAAUCUGCUAUGGAUGGAUGGACCAAUCAAUUAGGAUAUCCUAUCAUAAUGAUUAGUCGACGGGAAACCGAAGUGAAGAUUUCACAGAUUCAUAAUGCAUUUCACAAAUCGCCCACAUCAGAUGCCAGUUAUGAAAGGCGAGUUCCCUUUAUAUAUGGCGUUUUGCAGAAGAAUGGGUGCUGGGUGCGAAAUCAGAUGUGGCUUCUAAACACAUCAGAAACUUUACACCUGGACACCAAUGAUAUAUUGGUUAAAGGUAACUUUGGUAGCAGCGGAUAUUACAGAGUGGAUUAUGAUACGGACACCUGGAAUCUAAUAAUUGAACAGUUAAAAAGAAAUCAUUCGGUAUUUCCAAAGGAAGAUAGGUUGGGUCUAUUAAAUGACGCCUUUGAGUUAACAAGAAAUGGACUCUUGAACGUAACCAUUUCACUUGAAAUGAUGCGAUAUCUCACUAAAGAAAAUGAAUUCCCUCUUUGGUUGAAUGGUAUCAGAGGUUUGAGAAACAUGAUGUCUGAUUUAAAAAUGGGGGAUCUUGACAUUAAGAGAUAUUUGGUUGAUCUGGUGAAAACAAAAUCAAAAAUGUUGACCUGUGACCAACAUUAUGGGACUAGUCCAUUAGAAACAAAACGUCUUUGUAACCUGUUUAGAAAGGUGCUUAGAAAUUAUGACAAGGAAAACGAGGAAGAAAACCUUUCAAAAAGAUUGUUGGAAAGCGGGUUAGAUAACUCAGAGAGGUUAGAAACCCUCCUUGACAUGGACCUUAUGGAAAAAUUGUUCAGAGAGCAUGAAGAUAUUAAAUUCUGAAAAAAAUAUUAAUCUAACAAGCAUCUCAUUUAUAUUUAUGCUCUCAUACUCGUAAUUCUUAAG